UUUCGCAAAGGGCGUUGCAACUAGGAUAGCUCACAUGUGUUUCCUGCACUAACAACAGAAUACAAACAGUGAUUGGAAUCAUUCGGUCUUUUUCUCUGUAGUCGGAGAACCGUCCAUCAUGACAGUUACCUACAGCAAAAACAUCCCGAACACUAAUUUCUGUGCCUUCACCAAACUCCUCUUCAGAUGGCGGGGCAGCGUCUUUAAGUUGGUUUUGCCAGAACUUGUUGUAUACAUGUUCGUGUACUUCAUGUUCUCAGCUCUCUACAGAUUCGCUCUCCCUGAAGACUGCAAGAGAAUAUUCGAAAAGAUCGUGUUGAUCUGCGAGUCCUUUAGCACCGCCGUCCCCCUCUCGUUCGUGCUGGGCAUAUACGUGACCAUCGUCGUGACCCGCUGGUGGGACCAGUACAUGCUUAUUCCGUGGCCUGACGACGUGUGCAUCCUGGCAGCCACUUACAUCAACAAGCAGGUGUGCGGGUUGAAAAAGCCGUUGAUAAAAGCCUUACGUCGUUUAAUCACCUCUCUCUGUUUCGCAGCCUCACCCCCUGGAUCACCUCUACCGACGGUGCUCCAGGGGUACGCAGGCUACAUGACCCUGAGCGAGAAGGCGAUCCUGGAGGACCUGGAUGAGGAGUCGAACCACAACAAGAUGUGGCUUCCGCUGGCCUGGGCUUGCUUGCUGAUUGCCCAAGCACGACGCGAGGGACGACUCAUCGACGACCACGGACAAAAGGCCCUGGCCAUCGAGAUCACCAACCUGCGAUAUCACUGUAGCAGGCUUCAGGAAUACCACACCAUGAGUGUACCGUUGGUCUACACGCAGGUGGCCACCAUGGCGACGUACACCUUCUUCAUCUCGUCCAUCAUGGGCCAGCAGUUCCUGGACCCGAGCCAGGGCUACCCGGGCCAUUCCGUCGACGGCUACAUCCCCAUGUUCAGUAUCCUUCAGUACCUCUUCUACAUGGGCUGGCUGAGGGUGGCGGAGUCGCUGCUCAACCCUUUUGGCGAAGACGACGAUGAUUUCGAUAUCAUCGAGUUUCUUACCCGCCAUUUCGAGGUUUCGUGUCUCAUCGUGGACGAAAUGCUGACUGUUCAACCAGACGCGGUGCAGGAUUUCGCCCAAGGAAAGGCCCCCGUGGACAAGCGCCACUUCUCUGCCGGAGGUCGAGUUCCACUACACACGAGAGAACCCGCAGGUCGUCAUCACCAACGAAGUGAAACUGGUGAAAGCAACAUUUACUGAGACCAGCGCCCCGCUCAGCCUCCUCCCCCCCGAGGAGAUCGGCCUCCGCCCCCAGUACCGCCAACGCGUGAGCAGCGCCCGCCGUUCACCGUCACCUGUUGGGCCGAACGUGUGGUAGUGACGUCACCGGCAACUGGCAGCUGGCGACUGGCGACUGGCACUUGGCAGCCUCGAGCCCUAAAUACAGCCAAAGAGAGCCAGGAGGAGGAGGAGGAGGAGUUAAUCUGCCCAUAUUGGGACAGAGGUAUAAUCCGA